UAACAUGAAAUUCAAACAACAUUUCAAGCUUAAAAACAAGCACACCCCACACAAACCAUAAACCAUGUCCAAAAAAAUUACUUAAAACCAUUCAAUCAUCCAUAAAUAAUACUAACUUCCAUGGCAUCUUUACCUUCAGUAAUUACAACCACCAACACCAUCAAACUUGAAUCAGAUUUCAAGAAACGUUCCUCUUAUUUCCCUUCUUUUGAAAAGAAAAAUGUUAACUUGGAUAAGGGUUUUGAUGUAUUGACUUUGGACUAUGAUAAAGAGAUUGAAACAUCAGCUUAUGUUCCAUUAUUACAAAAAUGUAUCGAAAAGAAUUCGUUGCAAGAAGCACAUACGAUUCAUGGACAUAUCGUGAAAUCCGGGAGACAAGACGAUUUGUUUGUGAUGACUUCCUUAGUGAAUGUUUAUGGAAAAUGCGGUGCAAUGGAAGAUGCACGUAAAGUGUUUGAUACAUUGUCUAAAAGAAAUGUUGUGACUUGGACUUCUUUGAUGUCGGGUUAUGUUUAUAAUUUGCAGGCUGAAGAAGGGGUUAGGGUGUUUUUGGAAAUGUUGAGAAGUGGUUCGUAUCCCACGAAUUAUACGAUUGGUGUUGUUUUGAAUGCAUGUUGUGCUUUACUUGAUGCUAAGUUGGGGAAGGAGGUUCAUGGGUAUGUUGUGAAAUAUGGGCUUGAGGAUGAUACAAGUAUUGGAAAUUCGCUUUGUAAUUUGUACUCGAAAUGUCGUGGAAAUUUGGAUUCUGCGAUGAAAGCGUUUUGGAGGAUUGAGGAAAGGAAUGUGAUUUCAUGGACGACGGUUGUUUCUGCCUGUGGUGAAAAUGGGAAUGCUGCAGAUGGGUUGGGUUUGUUUUGUGCGAUGCUUGAGGAGGAUGUGGAGCCGAAUGAGUUUAUUUUGACGAGCGUUUUGAGUUUGUGUUGCACAAUGCAGGCUAUAGAUGUGGGUUUGCAGGUUCAUUCGUUGAGUAUUAAAAUUGGGUAUCAGUUUAAUUUGCCUGUUGCGAAUUCAACUAUGUAUUUGUACUUAAAAGGUGGAUUGUAUAGUGAAGCAAAGAAGUUAUUUUAUGGAUUGGAGAAAGUAAGCUUAGUAACCUGGAACGCGAUGAUUGCAGGCUAUGCCCAGAUGAUGGAUGUUGCAGAAAAUAGUGUUGUAAGAUCUCAAAAUGGAGCUGAGGCACUUGACAUAUUUUUGAGAUUGCAAAGAUCGGGAUUGAAACCUGAUCUUUUCACCAUGUCUAGUGUUUUAACAGUUUGUAGCAAUCUUGUCGCUUUAGAACAAGGAGAACAAAUUCAUGCGCAAACCAUCAAAACCGGUUAUUUAGCAGACGUUGUUGUUGGGACAGCUUUAGUUAACAUGUAUAGUAAAUGUGGUAGCAUCAAGAAGGCAAGUAAAGCUUUUGUUGAGAUGAAUUCGAGAACUUUAAUUUCUUGGACAUCGAUGAUAACAGCUUUUGCUCAACAUGGUCUUGCUCGACAAGCGUUGGAUCUGUUUAAUGAUAUGAGAUUAGCAGGUGAUAGGCCAAAUAAGGUUACAUUUGUUGGCGUUCUUGCAGCCUGUAGUCAUGCGGGAAUGGUGGAUGAGGGUUUACGUUAUUUUGAAAUGAUGAAAAGUGAGUAUAAAAUCACUCCCAUUAUGGAUCAUUAUGGAUGCAUAAUUGAUAUGUUUGUGAGACUAGGUAGGUUAGAAGAUGCUUUUGAUUUUGUGAAGAAGAUGGAAUUUGAGCCAAAUGAGUUUAUUUGGUCUCUGCUAGUUGCAGGCUGCAGAAGUCAUGGGAAUUUAGAGUUGGGGUUUUAUGCUGCUGAACAAUUACUCAGCCUCAACCCAAAAGAUCCCGAGUUGUACAUUAUGCUGUUGAACAUGUAUGUUUCGGCAGGAAAAUGGAAGGAUGUAUCAAGAUUAAGGAAAAUCAUGAAAGAUGAAAAAAUUACAAAACCGAGAGAUUGGAGUUGGAUUAGCAUUAAAGAUAAGGUUUAUUCCUUUAAACAAGAUGAUAAAUCAUGUUAUCAGUGUCAUGAAGUUCAUGGGUUAUUAGGGGAUUUGCUUGAAAAAUCAAGAAAUCUUGGAUUUGAGUGGAAAGAAAACUUAGAUAUACCCGAAAAUGAAGAAAUAGAGGAUAGAGAACCAAGUUUUUCUAGGGCUCAUCACAGUGAAAAGUAUGCUGUGGUGUUUGGUUUAUUGAAGAUACAAAAACCAUCACCCAUUCGUGUCGUUAAGAGUAUGGGUAUGUGCAGUGACUGUCAUAGUUUUAUUAAGUUUGUUUCUGUGUUAACCGAGAGGGAAAUUAUGGUAAGAGACAACAAACGGCUACAUAGAUUUGUUCAUGGGAAGUGUUCAUGUGGGGAUUUUGGUAGUCUUUUGUGAUCCGACUUUUGUGCAUUCUAAAGAAUGUUGAUGCAAUAGGGUCAGUCGGCUAGUGUUUUGUUGUUCAUCAUCUUCAACUUAUAGUUCAGUUGUUAAACCAGAGAUAUGUUGUACCAAAUAUACAGUUAGGAUUUGUAUGUUUAUAUGGUUCAAAUUAAUUGACACUAUUAUUAUUUAAUAAA